AUGGUUGGGGUGGCGCGCGGUCUUCUUUAUCUUCAUGAAGAUUCUCGGCUCCGAAUUAUCCAUCGCGAUCUCAAAGCUAGCAACAUUCUACUUGAUGAUGAUAUGAACCCAAAAAUCUCAGACUUUGGUAUGGCUAGGAUUUUUGGUACUCAGCAAACUCAAGGAAGAACAAACAGAAUCGUUGGAACUUUUGGCUACAUGUCUCCUGAAUAUGUCAUGUAUGGACAAUUCUCAGUAAAAUCCGACGUGUUUAGCUUUGGUGUGCUGAUGCUAGAGAUCAUAACUGGCAAGAAGAAUCGGUAUUCUUAUGUAUCAGAUCACUAUGCGGGCCUUCUAGACUAUAAUGACAAUGAAGCCCGACCUACUAUGGAUACAGUUGUUCUUAUGCUUAGUAGUGCCGAUUCCGUUAGCCUCCCAGUGCCCGAGCAACCUGGAUUCAUCCCAAGUGUGACGCACAAACAACCAUCUCAAGAUCAAAACUCAGAUCGAUCCAGCGAGAUGCUAAAUAGCUGCAAGACAAUGCCGCAAUGUCCAGUGAUCAGCGGCUGUCUUACCGAUGUGUCUCUUUGA